GGGGUUUAAACUAUACUAAAGUAGAUAAUAUAUCUACAAUUCCCUUUUGUCCCUCUCCCCUCCCCCCUUCUUUUUCUUCUUCACCUUAUCUACCUACUAUCCACCCUUCUACCACACCCAAAAUCCUCACCAAUACUCCCCCCUCAUCCUCGUCUAUUCUGGUCUGGAUCAUGCCAUCCGUGGUUCUCCCGUCUUUUACCAUCGCCCUCUCUGGAAAGCUUCUCCGCCCGCUUGUGCCUCGUUUGAUUGGCUCGGACUAGUCGUUUCGUGUUUCGCCCAAAUCAACCUGUUGUCCCUCCCGGUGCAACGUCAUCCUUAUUCGCAUAUUAGUCGUCGGAUUGCUAUUUUUGUCCCCAUCGCUAUAUAUUACCGUCUCCAUAAUAUAUUCCCACCUCUUUCACUGUUACGGUCUACCCGGUGCGCAAUCAAGCGGUUGACCGCAACAUGUCCACCACCAGCACUUAUUCCCCGUUUCGCAUCUCUCCCCGCGAUCGCGCCAAUUUGGAUCGCAAUGAGGCUUUCAGGCUUGUGAGGGAGCAUCUGAGGCGCCAGGAACUGGGCAUGAAAGCUCCUAGCUUUUGUGCCGAGCAUCGCCAUGAUACCCCCAGUCAAGAACAAGAAACCUUCCGGCUCCAUCGCGAUAUCAUCCACACCAUCCUUCUCCCUCUCUUUCUGCUCCACCACCAAGCCUCGCGUAUCGCAACCAAUGUGCUGCCACGCUACAAAGGCGCAGAAUGCGAACGGGCGUUCCGUGGUGAGGCGCGUGGUGCUUAUGCUUGGCUGCAUUCCAUUUUGAGCGAAGAGCAUGAUUGGUAUUUGACCGAACGCUGUCCCGCCUGUAUCGUUCUGCACGUUAUGAACUCGGAGCCGACCAUUCGAUUUGUCGCCGUGGCGUGUCUCCUGUCAGACCACUUGCAGGGUCUGGACCUCCCGAGCGCCAAGAGACGGCUGCCUAACUUCGACUUCUGGUACGAAUCACUCGAGAAUGCCGUUCGCCAGGAUACGUUUUGGGGCGAUGGCUUCUGGCCGGACAUUGAAUAUCGCGCCUGUGCCUUGACCGAUGGUGUGAAGCAGCUGGUGCUGCAGUGCUUGGAGCUGCAGGCUGCUCUGGACCGACAUGACCUGCAGCCUGAGUCGUCGUACCGACCGACCCAGCGCUCUCGGAAUGACUCGUCACGGCCGUCCGUUACGGUGAAGCAGUCCAGCUGCACGCAGCUCCCUGUCAUCGACGAAGAAGACCAGAAGCUCUUUGCCAAGGCCGGCGCCAAUCGCGGCAUGCAUCCCUGCCGCAAUGAGCGGCCGCAGAGAUUUCACGCUCGCCGCCAUGGUGACCCUCGCAGAAGAUCGGUGACAUCUUGAGCGAUCGCAGAGGUGCUUGUGUCAAAGCGACCAAGCUGUGAAAUAAUCUAAACGGACUCUAUUCGUCGUGGGUCUAAUCACCAACGGUCUGGACGCAUCCUGCAUCGGGAUGGCCGAAUCCGACGCCGACAUCAGCAACCGGCGGACUGAAGUGAGUUGCAAGCUCAUUGCAGCCACCUCAGUGGAAUUGCCUCCAGACCCGAAGCAACUAGGUGCACACUAAGCCUAGACGUGCCACCGAAGUUUCGACGCCCCAGUGCUUCCUCUUGCAGAAACUCGCGGAAAUCCCCCCGUGGAUGUAACCUCGAGGACUGCUUCCGUGGAAAUGCCUACCGGUUUGUAUGCGUGUGUGGCUUCAGCAGAAUGUGUCCAGAUCGUGCAAUCCUGCAAGCCAUUCGCAGCAAGGGGGCAAAAGACGUGGUUCGGGGCUGAGGUUAUUGUGAGGACAGCCACGGUUAAAGUGUGCGGAGGCAAAUUAGCCUCACGAGGUGGAUCAGCAAGACCACUUACGCUAAGGAUGAGGUAGUUCUAUUCAAUUGUAUAUACCUUUGAUAGAUGAGAAGAGCAAUACAUGCACAAACACAUAUCAUUAAA